AUGUCAGGAGCAGUACUCAAUUCUGAAAAGCCUCCAAGCUCGUCAGAAUCCUCGAGCACAGCUAUCGUAGAGGCCGAUGGGGAGACGAAGACACCUCAUGUCUUCAAUGAGCAGACAAAUUAUGUCCCGAAAAGCACAAUCAUUACGAUAUUCUUAGCAUGCUCGACGGUCGACCUCAUAGCAUUGAUGGACCAGACCACUCUGGCCUCCAGUUUGUCAAUCAUUGGGAAUGCCUUGCAUGCCAGUGAUAAAACCUCUUGGAUAUCAGGAGGAUACUUUGUCACCUCGACUUGUUUCCAGCUUAUAUAUGGCCGCCUUUCAGACAUAUGGUCUCGCAAACUAGUCCUGUUCGUCGGACUCGGCAUAUUCUUCAUCGGGUCACUGGCAGCAUCGCUUUCGCAGACAGCCACACAGCUCAUAGUCUUUCGUGCUUUUACUGGUGUAGGCGGUGGUGGGUUGAUGACUGUGGCUCAGAUGAUCGUCAGCGACGUCGUUCCGCUGCGUGAAAGAGGCAAAUACCAAGGUAUCCUGGGUGCAGUAGUAGCCAUCGCCAAUGGAAUUGGGCCUGUCAUCGGCGGUGCAUUGUCCUCCAUAAACGAGGAUUCAUGGAGAUGGAUCUUUCGACUGAACCUCCCACUCACCGCAAUAACAACCCUGUGCGUACUGUUCUUCAUGCCUCUACGGAAGGUAACAGGGGACUGGAAGAUGAAGCUCAAAGCCAUUGAUUUCUUCGGCGCAUUCCUAGCAUUAGGAAGUACCGCUGUUCUUCUUUUAGGUCUGACAUGGGGCGGAGGUGAAUACCCUUGGGCUUCGGCCCAUGUUAUUGCCACAAUUGUGGUGGGUUUUGCUGUGGCUGUUGGGUUCGUGGUCUGGCAGUGGAAAGGAGCAACCUACCCGCUCGUACCAAUGCAUAUAUUCAAAUCUCGGAUUGUGAAUGGUGCGUGUCUGACUAUGUUUAUAAACGGGUGGAACUUUCUCGUCCAGGUUUAUUAUAUCCCGACGUUCUAUCAGCUGGUUUUUGGGUAUUCUACCGUGAAAGCUGGUGCGAUGCUUUUGCCUGUAACAUUGAUGCAGACUGUUAGUAGCACCGUCUCAGGUCUUGUUGUUCACUGGGUAGGUCGUUAUAGGGAGUGUAUUCUCUUCGGCUGGAUGAUCUGGGCCGUUGGAUUAGGUUUGUUCUCGACUCUAGAUGAAUCAUCCGGCCUGGGAAAACAGAUUGGCUAUGGACUCUUGACCGGUGUUGGUGUGGGGAAUACAUUGCAACCGGGUAACCUGAUACUGACCUGUCCCAGCGCCCUGAUCGCCGUCCAAGCAGGAGUUGAACGGAAAGAUAUGGCAGUUGUUACCUCAUUUCGAAAUUUCGUAAGGAACCUCGGUGGCACUCUCGGCCUCGCCAUCGCCGGAACAAUCAUAAACAAUCUAAUCACAAGCUCUAUUUCCUCCCUGGGCCUCACGCAAUCUGAAACCCGCUCUUUCCUAUCAAGCCCUCAGAACUACCUCUCCAAACUACCCCAAGACGAAGCAGAACAUGCCCGAUCUUUGUUGAUCCCGGCUUACCAAAAGGGGUUCCGGAUUAUAUUUCUCAUCGGCGCCGCAUUGGCUGCUUUUGCGUUCGUUUUGGCCUUUUGGCUGAUGCCUCAGGUGACUUUGAACCGGGCAGAUGAUGAGAAACUGAAGGAGGAGGGAAGGAAGAGAGUUAAGGGGGAGAAAAAUAGUGAUGAGGAGGUUAAUGAAGACGAGAGAAGAUGA